CAGGAAGCACCGCCGCUGCCUCCUCCUCCUCCUCCCAAUGAGUUCCUAUUUUGUCAACUCCACUUUCCCGGUAACUCUGCCCGGUGGGCAGGAACCCUUCCUGGGACAGAUCCCGUUAUAUUCCUCAGGAUAUGCGGAUCCUUUAAGGCAUUAUUCUGCCAGCUACGGGGCCACAGGGGUCCAGGACAAGAGCUACGCGCCCGGCCCGUAUUUCCAGCAGGCGAGUGGAGCUUACAGUCGGACGGCGGCGUGCGAUUAUGGCGCAGCGGGAUUUUACAGGGACAAGGAGGUUUCGUGCGCUCUUUCCUCGCUGGAGGAGCAGUCGCAGUACAACCAGGAGCAGCGCAAAGCGGACUGUGCGCACAACAAACUGGUGUAUGAGGAGCAAGACGAGGCAAAGUGCGCCACUCCUGUCUACCCCUGGAUGCAAAGGAUGAACUCGUGCAACAGUUCUAUGUUCGGGCCCAGUGGAAGGAGAGGGAGACAGACCUACACCAGGUACCAGACUCUGGAGCUGGAAAAGGAAUUUCACUUCAACCGCUACUUGACCCGGAGGCGCAGGAUCGAAAUUGCGCAUUCUCUUUGCCUCACCGAGCGCCAAAUCAAGAUCUGGUUCCAGAACAGGAGGAUGAAGUGGAAAAAGGAGAGUAAACUACUCAAUUCCUCGGUACAGAGCGCGGGGGAGGACGAGGAGAAGCCGACCGAGUGACACUGCGCCUCCGACUGCGUCACCGCAACAUUGCGCACUUCUAUCCUUGUACCUUGAAUAAGUUAUUGUUGCACACAGACUGGUGAAAGGAACCUGAAUGAUAAUCCUCCAACUACCUAUAUGUCUAUCACUGUCUGUCUGCAAUAUCCCUCCUACAUGAGUACAACACAUCCAGUAAAUAUCACACACACACACACAUUGUAUAUAAAUAUAUAUAUGUACAAUCGCACACACACACACAAUAAAAGCGCACUCCUCCAGGCGUCUUGUCCCAUGCACGAUUUGGCAUAAUCAUUCUCGCUGUCUAUUGUGUGUUUAAUUCCUAUGUCUACUGAAAGUACAAUACUACCUAGCAACAAAUUGUGACCUUCUCUAUUUUAUGAUUAUUAUUUUUUAUGUGUUGGUCGUCUGUGUUUUUUUCUACGUGUAGUUUGGAAAGGACUGAUGAAGUAGCAGCAGCAGCAGAGUUAAUGUGUACUAGUGAGUGCUGCUGCCCGUGUGUAUAUAGGCAUCUCAUUGUAUCAUUAUACAAGUCACUUAUACUGGAAGCACAAGCCCAAUGUCCAGUCUGUAGAUUUUACUAGAGAUUCCCCUGAGGACCAGGACUGAUCAGCUUCAUUAAUACACAGGCUUUAUCCCCUGCAUCACAAUCAGCAGCAGCAACAACCUGAAUCACUAACCUGAAUCCCAACACAAGGGACAAAAUUCAUCUCUCCUCCAAUUCCAUCCACACGCAGCUCAGUCUGGGAUGUUUCAUUAAAUGUUAUUGAAAUUA